CUCUCUCUCUCUCUCUCUCUCUCUCUCUACAUGGGGAAUUUUUGUUUGGUUGUCUCUCUUGGUUGGCUUUGUUAGCUUAGGCCUUUGAUCAGGUCAGAAAGCCGGCCAUCAAUAUCAGUAGUAUUUAAUUAUCUACACAUGGAUGGCAGGGCACACUAGUUUCUUUCAUUGGUUUCUCCGGUCAUUUUCGUAUAUGAUUGUGAUUAUUAUUAUCACAGGUGUGGUGUGAAUGAAGUUAGCAUUAUUUAUCUCUUCUUCCCCAAAUUGCUAAACCUAAGUCAUUUUCCCGCCCGUAAUCCCACCACCAGUAUAGUAACUAAUAACUAUAUCGGAACGGAGACGUAUAAAUAAAUAUAAAUAGAAACCAAAUUAAGAAGAGAUCGAGAAAGACAUAGAAGACAACAGCAGGCACAAUUAAUAAUGAACCAAGGUGGUGGCGGCGGUGGUGGCAGUGGGAAUAAUGGAAGAAAGAAAAUCUUUGGGACGCUACCUAAUAACGGUCGGAAAGACAGAAGAGAUGAAGAAGAAGUUCUUCUUCUAUUCCGAGAGAUGCAUAAACAGGAAAAAGAUCGUACCGUCAGCCUCCUUCAACCUGUUUCUGAUGAGUUUGAGGCAAAUGGGAAUUAUCCGCUUUACAGAAUGGCAUCUGUAAAGAAAGGGUCAGGAGGAGGAGGAGGAUAUGAAUUUCUUGCUGAUCAGAGCGGAAAAAAUGAUUACGACUGGUUGAAAACUCCACCGGCAACGCCUCUAUUUCCCUCUUUGGAGAUGGAAGCAAAUUCCCCCCAACUCUUUGUUCAACGGGAGAUUCCAAUUAUCCAGCCUUUUUCUCGGUUUUCAGGCAAUUCAGUGACGACUAAACAAAGCAGUGGGAUAUGCAAGUCUCCGAAUACAAAACAAAAAGGCCCACCGAGAUCUGUAACCCCCAGCGAGAGGUCAAGUGUUUUGACUCAAGCCACAAAAUGCAAACAAUUGCCGUCCAACCAAAAACUGAACCAAUUGAGCAACGCCAAUCACAACAGCAGAAGAGCAAAUGUGGCUUCAACUACAGCUACAAAACCAAUGAACCAGCAGAGAGAAAGCCCACAGAACUUCCUUGCUUCAAACCUCUCAAAGAGCAUGUUGGGACCAUCAGAUUCCAAAAUGAAACCAAGAAGUAGACUGUCGCCUCUGGUGAGAUCAUCCGUUCCUGCUCAAAUUCCAGUAUUUUCUGAUCAAGCACCUCCCAAUCUAAGGACAGAGAGGUCUUUGUCUGCCUCACGGGGUCGAUAUGAAAAUCAAACACUUGCAAAUAUUUACCAAAAAACUGAACCCGUCCCCAAGACAAGGAGGCAGUCAUGCUCACCAAGUGUGACUAGGGGUCCCAAGGUGGAACCAAAGCCAGAGAAUACUAGUACUACUGGUGCUAUUACUACUGCUACUGCUACUACUAUUACUGAGACUGCUACUACGAUCUCACAAAAAGGGAGAAUACAGCUGGCAGGAAAUGGAACGCAAAUUUUGGGCAGUCGGAUGGUGGACAAGUUCAUGAAUGCUAGAAAGUCAAUCGCAGAAGAAAGAGAAACAAAGCUAAAAUUUCAUGGUUCAAUCAAUGAGAGCUCUGGCUUUGGAAGGACGAUGAUGUCCAAGAGUUCAUUGGAUACGGCCCUCAAGCAUAUGGAUGUUAAACGAGACCCAGCUAAUUUUCAUCGAGCUAGCACUAAUUCUGGAAGGCGUCAUGCAGUUAGCAGCGCUCCAAGUUCAUAUCCACCGUCAGAAGCAGCUUAAGCGAGAUUGUGUGAUAAGACGGGAAGAAGAUACCGAAUGUUGGGUUCACAAGUUGAGUAAAUCAAAGAAAUCAUGUGUUAAGCGUGGUAAUCUUUCAAAGCAUGACAUGAUAUGUGAUCACUAACGGUAUUGUAUUUUGUUCGAUGAAAUAAGAAUGAUGAUUUUCACAGUUGCUAACAAUAAA